AUGAGUGUGAAGACUGAACACAAGAACACUAAUACUGUGCGACAAUCGGCCAUCAAUUUGGUUGUAUUACCGGAUCAGUCAAAGCGAGGUUCAGGUGAUCUGUUUUGGGACGACGGAGAGUCCAUCGAUACCAUUGGGAACGGAGUCUAUAAUUACUAUACCUUUGAAUUGUUGGACAACUGUUCCGUUGUAUUGAAUGUUAAACAUAAUAACUAUACAAAUGUACCGAUUGUUGAAGAGAUUAGAGUUUAUGACACAACUGGUGGACAAAUCACAGCUACUAUUGAUGGCAAGAGUACCGGUGCUGUUGUCGAUAAGGAUGGUUCGGCUCGUAUUCACACUAAUUUAGACCUGAAGACUAAAAAGGCUGGCGAGCAAUGGGUUAUUAGUUGGACAGACACUUCAAAGAAAUGCAAUUUAAACUAA